CCAUUUUUAUAAAUAAACCCCGUGGUUAGUGUUCUAGAAGCUGCUGGUCACGUUCCGCAUGUAAAUGACCCUUGUUGAUGGGCACAAACUGUAGAAACUAUGUUGACCGGCACAGAACCUACCAUCGGGAGUGCUUCACACCCUGCUCGGUCCACCGUACUGCUGUGUAACGAUGGAAGCUUUUCCAUAAAACCAAUCACCACGCACCCGCAAACAAAGAACCGUCACGUCCGAACCGCCGGUUGGGUAAAGCCGCCCCGACGCGUCUCCAUCAGAUUGUGAAAUGUGAAUGGACGACGGGUUGGAAAAUUAAUUAUCGAUGAUUUAUUGAUACCCAUCGCCCCCCCCCCCCCCCCCGGUUUGACGUUGGUUUUGAGUGUCAAUGUACGCGUCGAGCGCCACCGGAACACAGGAAUACCAGGAAAUGAGAGCGGCCACGCACCCACGCUAAUGGCGAAAGGGAGAGCAUUCGUUCGUGUCCUGCGUGUUGAUUGAUGGGUGACAGACAGAAAAAUCUAGCCUAGCGUGUGUUCGUUGUUGGAGGUGUUUCAAGAUGAAUGCAAACAGCUUUUGGGGUACGAUCGAUCAGCUGCUGGGCCGGGAAGCUCAGAAGCAGAGCGGGCAGGACUCGCUGAAGGUAGCGGGUUGGCUUUCCGCGUAUGCUGGCGUGCGUAAAACGGCCGGACAGGGUGACAGUGAUGCGGCUGGCUACGGCAGCGAUGGGUUCAGUGGACUUCCCGGCAGAACCGGCAGCUUGCCAUCGAUUUUCCCGACCGGCAAUCAGCUGAUUCAGCCCGACCAGGACGGCGGUUUCAACGGGGACGGUACGGGGCCGGGCGGUACUGGCGGUACGGCGGCGGGAACGGGCCGGACGGGAGCGAAUCGCAAAAAGGUGCGCUUCCGCAAGUCGAAGCUUCGCCAGCUGUACGACGUGGACGUGCUGCCCGUGGAGUACCUGGGACCAAAGAUCGAGUACAGUGUGAACCUGCCGAGAGUAACCGCACAACUGGAGAAGUUGAUGGGAACAAAUGUGGUCCGGCUGACGGAUCGCAAAUACAUGCAGGAGCUGCAGCGCCGCAUCCAGGAGGACUACAAUGUCACGCUGGAGAAGCGCAUCAGCGAACGGGAGCACCGAGAAUGGCAACGGCAGAAGCAACUGAUCCUGGACGGCAAGUAUAGCCUGGAAAACUGUCCCCGGUCUUUAAUUCCACUGCACAGUAUCGUGCUGGCGAAAGAAAUCGAGCGUGAGCGUAACCUGAUCCUGUCCGGUGCGGGCGACAGCAUACCGGAGGAGAUGACCAGCUCGGUCUUUCUGGUGAACCAGAAAACGAACGUCAACAUCCUGAACAAGCGGGAAAAGCUGAAAACUAUCCGUGAGAAAAAUGCGGAACGUUUGAUAAAACAGGGCCACCGCUGGGAGCGGGAACGGCAGCAGAUGGAGGAGCAGAGCCGCGAGCGCGAGAUCGAACGGCGCACCAAGCGCGAGGCACUGCUCGAGCAGGAAAAGCUGUACAUGAUCGAGGAAAACGAUCGCUCGCUGAACCUGCUGCGGAUGAAGACGAAGAAGGGCCCGUCGCGCGACAUGAACCUGCGGUCGAUGCUGAUGCAGCAGCGGGAAGAGCUGGGCCGGACGAUACAGAAGCGCGACUUCGACAUGAAGGACGAGCGGUCCGGGCUGGGGAUGGAGAUGGAAGGCGGGAAGGGGGAUCGACGGCGGCAUCGACGGGGCGCUCGCAAGCAGCGACCGAUGCAGCGACAGAACGAGGUGCACGAGUACCAGGAGUCUUCCUCGCCGGAGGAGGGCUACAUCUCGAUGAACAAUGCCGACACGCCCGAAGAUCUGGAGACGUCGAUCGCGAUCAAGGUGGGCAAAGGGGCGAGCAAGGAUUCGGGCGACGAAUCGGAAGCGGAGCAGGAUUCGGACCAGGCGCCAGUGGACGAGGCGUUGGUGGAGCAGCCAAACGAUGCGAACGCAGGGGACGAUGAGGAGGUGGCUGCUGAGGUCGAUGCGCUGGAGCAGCAGCUGGAGCAGCAGGAGCUGACCGAGGCGGAGCUGGAAGCGGCCGAAGAGGCACGGCUACGGGAGGAGCUGGACAAAACGCUGAUGGAAAAGAAGAAGGCGCGGCAGGUGCGGAACGAGGACCCGAAGAUUACCAAGCUCAAGGAGGCAGAUACUGUGUCAGACAUUUAUAACGUUGCCGAUGAGAUCAUCGUGCUGGAGAAGAAGAAGACGAAGAAAGGGUUCGGCAAGUAAGCGGGGCGGCAGGGCAGCCAAAUCCGUCGCAGGCCAAACAUAAUCCACCGGACCCCGAUGCGUGCCACACCGUGACGGAAGGGCAGCGAACGUCGGCGACAGGAGUUUUUAAGAAUGCUGCAUAUACAUCACAAGCUGUAUCUGUGAUCUCUGGAUGAUUGUGGUUUCGUUUGCAGGUGUGGGUGUGCUCGUGUGCACCCGGAGAGAUUUUGGUAGCGUAUUGUUUUGCGUCUGUUUUUUUUGUAACAAAAAUGCGUUUGUGUUGAGAUGCACUUUGUGAUAAAAAUUGAAAUGUAUUUUGUAGUAAAAACCAAAGAGUCGUCUUAAUAAACUGUUGCCAUUGAUGGAUA